UCUGAAGGGUUGCUUGGCGUUACCGUUUCAAUUGUGUAAAUUACUGGUUUUUAUGGAUCUCGAUAUCCGUUUCUGGAAUCUGGACUAGGGUUAGGAUCAGGGCACAAAGCUCGAACUGAGUUUGCAUGGGUUUAUGCUCAUUUUGAAUUUACUCACUGAAGCUCUCUGUAAAUCUUGAGGGACCAUUAUUAGGUUGACUGCACGAAGUAUUGUGAGCUGGGGCUCUUUUUCAUCAGAAUGAAGCGAAGAUAUGAACAUGGUGCUUCAACUCCUCUUCCUUCAAAUUCAAAACCUCGAAUCAGCUAUCAUGAUGAUGAAAAUAGGUUCUCAGAAGAUGAGAACACAAAGGAUCUGGCAAGGAAAGUUGCAGAACAUUAUAGUGCGCGGACGAAUCAAACACUUGAAGAGCGGGAAGCGAGUCCUAUUAUUCAUUUGAAGAAGCUCAAUAACUGGAUUAAAAGUGUCCUUAUUCAACUAUAUGCACGUCGAGGAGAUGCUGUUCUAGAUAUGGGUUGUGGAAAGGGUGGAGAUCUAAUCAAAUGGGACAAGGCCCAGAUUGGAUACUAUGUUGGGAUAGAUAUGGCCGAAGGCUCGAUUGAGGACUGUAGGACACGCUACAAUGGUGAGGCUGAUGCCCGUAGGAAGAAAUUUACAUUUCCAGCACGCCUUUUAUGUGGAGAUUGCUUUGAGGUACCUUUGGAUAGAGUUUUGGAAGAUGAUGCACCAUUUGAUAUAUGCAGUUGUCAGUUUGCCUUGCAUUACUCAUGGCAGACUGAGGCACGUGCCCGAAGAGCCUUGGAAAAUGUAGCUUCCUUACUUCGUCCCGGAGGCAUUUUUAUUGGAACAAUGCCAGAUGCCAAUGUUCUCAUCCAAAAGCUUCGCAAUGUUGAAGGGCUAACAUUUGGCAACAGUGUGUAUUCUAUUUCUUUUAAUGAGGCACACAGUCAAAAGAAAUUCGAUUCUUCAAAGCCCUUUGGCAUCCAAUACACGUUUCACCUAGAGGAUGCAGUUGAUUGCCCAGAAUGUAUUGUUCCCUUCCGCAUUUUCAAAUCAUUAGCAGAUGAGUAUGGUUUAGAGCUUCUUCUAGUGAAGAAUUCCCAUGAAUUUGUGGAUGAAUACUUGAAGAAGCUGGAAUUUGUUGACUUGAUGCGCAGAUUGGGGGCCUUGGGUGAUGGAAAAAAUAAUCACAGCACGAUAUCAGAGGACGAAUGGGAGGUAGCUUACCUAUACCUGGUAUUUGUUUUUAAAAAGCGUGGGCAGCCAGACACACAACAGAGAAGCAAGGGAAACAAAGGAAGAAACGGUCUAACACAAAUCUCAAAAUCAGACAUCAUGUUCAUUAAAACUGACAGAUGAGCUAAGGAGUGAAUCCUCUCUCUCUACACCUUUUGAUCACACAUGCAAGCCACCUAGAUGAGAGGUCGAAGGCUGCUCUUCCCUGAAAAAGGUCAGGAUGACCUCUUCAAUCCAUCCAUUUUGUGAAAUUCACUUUUUUAGAGAUAGUGAAAUUCAUUGUAGCGUAAGCACUCUUUCCCUACAGAGCAGAGCAUAUUUUUUUCUACUUUCAUGUAAUGCUUUUAUUUAUAGAGGAAUGAUGCAAAAUAUUGUCACGUUGAAUUUGGUUGUGGAUGUAAAAAGUUGUCUUGAGAAA